GGAGUGCUUGCUAUUUUAGUAUAAAUUCCUUGGGGCAUACAAAAGAAAAGAAUUUGCAGUAUCAAGUGUCAACCAGACGACCAUCAAAGGAACUUCGACAUUUAUUUUGGGGAAUUGGAAAAUAUAUGUCUACGUCUAUUCUCAAUAUGUGAUUUGUCGUUUUCGAUCGAAAAAGCAGUGGGCUACGAAAGACGUGUUUGGUGUAGAAUCAGACAGACGCCAUUCCGAUGAAACGAGAAGAAACGAAACAACCUUAAUCUAGUUUGUUAGUUUUGGAAGUCUCCCCCCUUAUUCGCCAUAUCAUAGCAUCGUAUGUUAAAAAGGGCAUUUUUGACGUCAUCAUCCCAGCAGCCUCUGUUUCUUUUUUGCGUCCCGUUGUUGCCCGUAGCGGUUGCUGUUGUUUUGAUCGAGAAUAAAAGAGAGUGCUGGCGGCGUGUGACGAGCGAAAGUCUUUUUCGAAGUUUGUUUUUGUUUUCUUCAUCCGACGAGGCGAAAUUUUUUGGUCCGUCUCGACUGCACCGGUUUCAUUUUCUAUUCUUUAUUCGAGUUUAACUCCGAGGUUACUUCAGCCCGUCAGUUAGAUAAAAAGCUACUACACCACCAUAUAGUGGGCCGAGGCCCUGACUGCCCAAAACUGACUGUUCAAUCAUUUUCUUCCUUCUUCUCUUUCAUUGAUUGGCCCUCAAAAGAAAAUUACGAGAGCUUUUGACCGAGUUUUCCCGUUGUUGAGUGAACGGGUCUUUUUUUUGGAUCUCUCUCGGCCAAACUCGAUCGUUGGUGACGCAAAACAUAGUCUGUCACCAGUGUGAAAGGACGUGUUGCUAACUAGUGGUAGACAUUUGUUUUCUCUGCGCAGCGUGAAGGCGAUUCAGUCCAAUUAAAAUUCAGUGCUUCUUUUUCAUUCCUCAUCUUUGCUGAUUUAGGCAGACCGACGAGUACAGUCAAGAUGUACUCGUCAACGAGAAACCCUCAACUUGUCUGAGUUACUGGAAAAUCAUCCGCUAGUAUUACGCCGCGAUGAGAAUUGACUGCAGUUGUCGCCACCGCAGCGGCGAGCCGUCUGUCGUUCGUAAUACCACCGCGGAUCCAUCCAGUUUUUCGUCGACGCAUCACUCCUGGAAUCGCACGAAGAAAAGCCUGUCCACUGCGGAUCUACCGAUGAGCAACCAGCGACCGCAACGCCACAAAACGUACAGCGAUCCGGACCAUGUUGCAGCGGACAGUCACUUUCCAAGCGGAAGGAGGCGUUGCAGAAGUCUGGACUGCCUGUGCAUGAAGCGGACAUUAGUCGCCAUGGCCAGCGGAUGGCUGCACGGUUAUCAGUCGGCACAGCAGGAGGAGAUAGGAGCAGUAUCGGAUGAAGAUAUUAGCAGCGGAAGCAGCGCAGCAGCCUCGGGAUCCUCCCAGCCACCGCAGCCGAAUCAGCAAGAGCAGCAGAGUCGAGUGUGCACGAGCCUUUCAUGGGAUAGCGGCUACAACGAAUGUGCAAACGAUCUGAGAGAUCACUUCUCGCCAACUGGCCGACGUCUGGUUAGCACCAUGCGGAUGCCCUCAGUAGUGGUCAGUGACUGUUCAGACGAUCCUAUUGAAAACGGCGACACAGCCAUUUCGGCCAACGGAUACUAUCGCCUCAACGAACUGCCCAGUCCGACCCUUUCGUCACAUUCCAGCUCUGGACAGGACACGACACACGAAAUGGACCAGGCCGAGAAUAGUGCUGCAUCUUGGGGCUGGUCGUCAUCGUACAGAGCCGGAUCAAGUGGUUUUCUUAUUCUCCCUGGACAAGGAUCUAUAGAUGAUGACACUGCGUUAUCUUCCAGCUUGCUCUCCGUUCGCCGACUAUCUGAUUGCAGCAGUUGCAGCUCUCUGGCCACACUGGACAUGGAACCGUGCUGUCCGGGCCCAUGCUCUGCCCAGGCUCCUUCCACCUGCUUCCAAGCUGAUCCUCAUCAGCCGUUUCAGUUGAGUUUUGAAAUGUCGCCGGACGUACCCGAAGGAGGUGAACCAACGAAACAAGAGGAAUCUUCAACCGACGAUACCAAUUCGUCCACAAAGGUCUCAGCGUGGCGUAAAGUGCGCAGCGCCGUCCAGUGGUCCCCAUUUGUUCAGACAUUUCGACGCCAGCGCUACCCUUGGGUUCAAUUGGCCGGCCACCAGGGCAAUUUCAAACUUGGAGGCGAGCGCGGCACCAUCCUGAAGAAACUCUGCCCCAAAGAAGAAAGCUGCUUCCAGCUGUUGAUGAAGGAUCCGCUUCGGCCAUUCAUACCCUCUUAUAAGGGCAAUGUGACAUCCGACGAUGGCGAGAAAUUUCUAGUUCUGGAAGACCUUCUGGGAGACUUUCGCAACCCGUCCGUUAUGGAUUGCAAACUGGGAGUGCGCACUUAUCUCGAAGACGAGUUGGCAAAAGCCAAACUCAAACCAAAAUUACGAAAAGAUAUGUUUGAGAAAAUGUUACAAGUAGAUCCGAGCGCCCCGACGGCUGAGGAACUUCAAAUGGGUGGCGUGACCAAACCGAGAUACAUGGUGUGGCGAGAGACUAUUUCAUCGACGGCCACUUUGGGCUUCCGGAUCGAAGGCAUCCGCAAACAGGAUGGUAGUUCCAGUAAAGACUACAAAACUGUAGGCUCUUCUCAACAGAUUGUGAGCGUUCUACAUGAUUUUGUGCAGCAUCAUCCUCACGCAUUGGCUAAAUAUAUUGAGCGACUGAAUCAAUUGCAAGCCACAUUGGCUCGUUCCGAAUUUUUCGCAAUGCAUGAGUUGAUCGGCACGUCGUUGCUUUUCGUCCACGAUCACAGCAAAGCAAAUAUUUGGAUGAUCGAUUUUGCUAAGACUCAUCGGCUGCCAGGCGGAGUCCAGAUCGAUCACAACAGCCCCUGGCGUGUGGGCAAUCACGAAGACGGUUACCUGAUUGGUUUGUGCAAUCUAACGCAGCUGCUGGACCAACUAUUGGUGAAUCGGGACCAAAACCACACCACCAAUCCAACCUAAACACAUCGAUAUCGGCAAUUAUACAAAAUUUCUUUUGAAAAAAAAACUUACACGUACUAUAUGUAAACGAUGGGUCCAAUUUGAGCCUCGUUGUUUUGUUUUUUUGAUAAUGCGAGAGCUGUCAUUCCCAAAGAACGUUCCAAGUUUAAUUGGUUAGGAGUACAGGAGAUAAUGACUGCUAUUCGUGUGUCAUAUUUAAUGUCGUUAUCGGACACGAAAUGAUUUACAUUUCCAGUGCAAUCUCUCUGAUGAAAACUACGGUUUACGUCAACUGAUCAUUUCCAAGUGCCUCUUCAAUUACUGUCUGUAAAUCUGUUGAAUAUUUUUCCCUUUUUUUUCAUGUGUGGAUUCGGGCAGCGCACGUGCCAUUUUUCAGGAUUCCUUAAAUUUUUGAUACAUUCGUGCUGUUCCCAAACUGUCCCAUUCGAACUAUGUCAAUAAUUAACUUUAGUGUUUUUUAAAGAGUAUUUCUGACACAACUAUCUAGCUUAAAAUAUACUAUUGCAGCAUUAA